GGACAGCCAUGAUGUCCGCCUCCUCCUCUUCCUCCUUCUGUUAAAAACCACCAGGAUGAAGCGAUUUUCCCUUCCGCUGAUCCGAACUCUGUAACGGACACGGAACGCCGCCGAACCGGACCGGAUCAGUUCGGUUCCGGUUCCGUUCAGACCGCCUCGGUGACGCUGAGGCUUGUUUACGUGCGAUCUGGAUGGAGGUCCAGAUUCCCAGAAGGAAGAACCACAUCAGGAAGUGAUGCAGAGCAUGUAAGAUUCGUUCGAUUCGGUUCGGUUCUACUGGUUCGGUAGCAGGUCCGGUGUGAACGGUAGAGUCGGUAUUUUUCCACGCGGGGCCCCAGGUUGGUGAUGAAGAUGGAGGCUGCAGCUGAUUCUCAGAAAACGAUCAGAACCGUCAUGUUGGAUCAUCCAGGUGUUCUAAGCUGCAUCCAGAGGCACCAAGCAACAGAUUUAAGCUCAUCUCCAAUGCUGCUGUACAGCAAUGGUUUAUGCUCAGUCAACAAACAGAGUUGGUGUAAAUCCCUCCCUCCAUUCUCCAGUCCUCAUGUAUCAGAUGUCAUUUAACUACUCCAAGAGAGAAAACUCGACUGUCCUGGCCACCUUACCCACCACUCCGCUCUACAGCCUCGAGGGCUCGACCUUCAGCCAGCCCAACACCUCUGCCUCCAGUGAGCUGACCCAAGGAGAGGUCGCUGUCCUGGGCCUGGUCUUUGGCGUCCUCUGGCUGGUCUCCAUCCUGGGAAAUGCUCUGGUUUGCCUGGUCAUCCACAGGAGCCGACGGACUCAGUCCACAACCAACUACUUUGUUGUGUCGAUGGCUUGUGCAGACCUGCUCAUGAGCCUCGGCUGGGCUCCGUUUGUCCUUCUGCAGGUCACCGCAGGACAAUGGCCGCUGAGCGCUGCUGCCUGUAAGAUUGUACGUUACCUGCAGCACUUGUGUCCCGGUGUUCAGGUUUAUGUUUUGCUUUCCAUCUCUGUGGACCGUUUCUAUACCAUUGUCUAUCCCCUCAGCUUCAAAGUGUCCAGAGAGAAGGCAAAGAAGAUGAUUCUGGCCUCAUGGUUGUUUGAUGCCGCCUUUAUCUCCCCCUGUUUCUUCUUUUAUGGAUCCACAGACAGUCAUUGUGACUUUUUCCUCCCAGACAGUUGGGGCAGCAUAACCUUUGCUGCAUUUCACCUUCUGAUAGGAUUUGUGGUCCCGGUUGGACUCAUAGUAGCUUUCUACCAGCGGGUGGUCCGCUACGUUUGGAGGAUCGGAGCCGACGGCCUUACGGUGCGUCGGACUAUGAACAUUGUCCCGCGGACUAAAGUUAAGACCAUCAAGAUGUUCCUCAUGCUAAACUCUGUUUUCUUCUUCACCUGGACACCCUUCUAUGUGGCCCAGCUGUGGCACCCUAAGGAGGCACAAGUACCUGGUAGGCAGGAACUGUUGUUCUUCACAGCCAUUUCCUGGAUCUGCUUCAGCUCCACGGCGUCCAAACCUACCCUGUACUCCGUGUACAAUGCAAACUUCAGGCGCGGCAUGCGGGAGACCUUUUGCAUGUCGUCCAUGAAGUGCUACCGCAGUAAUGCUUACACAAUCACCGCCAGCUCCCGGAUGGCCAAGAAGAACUACGUUGGGGUGAUUGAGAUCCCAGUCCAAGCAAAGACCAUCACCAAGGACUCUGUGUAUGAUGCAUUUGAUCGGAAUACUAAGGAAAAAAAGGUAGCUUGGCCCACCAACACCAAUCCCCCCAACACCUUUGUAUGAGCUACUUGGGACAGUUGGAACCAACCCAAGAGCCAUGUUGGCCAGUGGACCGACUCAGACUCCCAGAAUGUGUUUCUUUGUGUGUAAAGGGCUACUUUAUGAUGGUCCAUCCCUUCUGGUUGCCAUGGUUUCCAACGCGGUGUCUCAAACAUGUUUUCUUGUUGGGUCAUCUACACAGCCAGUGGACAUUCUCAACAAGUGCUUCUGUAAUCUGUGUGCUAGAAGCUAAUGUUUGUAAAAACUGGUCCUACUGCUACCAUCAUGUGCUUUGUUGCUUUAUUAGAUGCUAAAAGAGCCAGAACCUCUGGUUACCUCAUUACCUGGACCAAAGGAGGAAGAUUUUUUAUUUUGUCCCAGAGGCUGGGAUAUAUGGAUAUAGUGUGUUCUGUAGGUGGCGCUGUAGGCUAUAUUUAGCUGUUACUAACAGGAAGUAGAAGCAGAGGAACUGGGAGGGGGGCCUCCAGGAAAUAUUUCCGAGCCUGGUCCAGGUAAACAUUGUGAAAAUGUGCAGUAAUAUAAACAUCUGCUGAUUAAAUAAAAA